CGGCCUCCCCUGCCCGUGCUCUUCCCCGAGCUCCUCCCUGAGCCCACUGCCGGCCCUCGUUGGUCGCCAAGCCAGGCCCGGAGCAGGAAGGGGAGGGCUUCGGAGCCGUGGGGCCGAGGUCUUCAAGAGAAAGCCUGGAGAUGCCAUCCCAGGAGCCCAGGAGACUCUCCCGGGCCUCCCGGGCAGCUCCGGCUCCUUCUAUGCUGGUGGCCGCGGCCCAGCGGGCCCUGGGCGCCAAGAAGAAGAGAGGCUUGGCUCCCUCAGUCUGCCUGCACUUGGCCGCCGAGCUGCUGUCUGUGUCCGUAAACCUGAAGCCAGCGGUGCUGUAUGAUCUCAAUGCCGCAGGGGCCACCCAAAUCCAGAACUACGUCAGGUCCCUGCAGGGGCUGGGCUUCCUGCCCCCGGGGCUGCACAUCCUACAAGUCGCAGGGUCCAUCUUGGUCGUCAGUCUGGAGGGGGCCCGCCGGCACCUGGAGCGGGUGUUGGGUGGGUGCAGCCCCACGGCCUUUGUAGAUGUGUCUGCUUCCCAGGCUUGCCCUGACCUCUGCCCUCAGGACCGUCUCAGAGAAAUCCAGAGGCUCGUGACCGAGCUCCUGAGCCACCUGAAGGGGCAGGAGAGGGUCCCCCCCAUGCCUGUCUUCCACAGUGAGUUCCCCCCCGCAGACUGGAACCUGUGCACCAUGUUUGGGGUGCUCCUGGGGUACCCCAUCCCCUAUGUCUUCUCUGCAGAAGAAGGCUACGACCGCUGCCUCUCUCUGACUCCGCUCCGGGUGUUCACUGCCCAGGCUUCCUGCUGCCGGAUUGGGGACUUUCCCAGGGUCAAGCUCUAUUCCUUCAGCGUCCCCGAGAGUCUGUACCCCAUCCUCAAAGAGCGGCUAGAUGCCUGGGAGCAAAACCUGAAGGCCCAGGCCCAGGACCAGACCGAUUUUGCCAAUCUCAGCAUUUCCACCGAAGUGGUCACGUUGGCAGCCGUGGCUCUCUGACUCUGGCUCCUCUUCUGCCCUUCACCUGAGCAUGGGGCGUGGGGGAAGGGGACGUUUGAGGGGGAAGUACUGGGCAUGAACACCAAGAGGGUUGGAGAAGAGAGAGAGCUGGCUGCCAUCUCUCCAGGCCACCACCAGAAUUUUGCAAUGGACAAAGUGUUUCACCUCAGGCAGGAGCCUUGACCCAGGCAGGUCCCAGUUCAUAUCCAGCCAAUAGAAUCUGAAAUUCC